AUGCCUGAAAUCGACCGCGUUUCCCUCGCUGGCUACAAUCAUUAUGCUACAUUCAUCGACCCUAUGGACGGCUUUACUUUCACCCUGCACUCAAAUGACUACAAGGGAGACCCCUUGACCAUCACCCUCAAUUCGACAGAGUCCGAGAAAGUGAACGACGCAUUUGUUGGGUACGGUGGGCCGAGCACCUCGGAGCUCGAGUGUCGCGACUUCUGCAAGAAAGUCACCAUGUGCCUGCAAAAGGCCGCUGAAAGCACAAAGACGGGGGCGGUUUUCAUAGCGAAAGUCACAAAGCGGCGAUGCAGCUCCAUUUCCGGCUCAAUCAAGAACUAUUUCACGGCUAAUAACUACGCGAAUCUGAAUACUGUGCUCCAGGGCACUGUUGUUGGGCUCGUCGUCAAUAUAGUAUCCGCACCGAUUACCAACGUUUUCCUCAAUUCCGAUCAUAGUCUCCAAGGGCAGAAGAAGAGCGACGCUUGCGAUCUUCACGAUAAAAGAUUCUUGGCUGACGACUUCGUCAGUGCCGUCGGGGAGUUUUGCGUUGCGAUUCAGAAGGCGCAAAGCACCAAGACUGAGACCCAUUUCAUUGCUGGUGAUGUGGCCGACAGCGGAUCUCAUACAGAAAAGGGAGAGCGAGCAAUGACCAAGGCUUUUGUCGCAGCGCAGGCUGGGAACUUCGGCCACUGCGUGAGCCGUCUAUUAUAG